CCUCUUGUGGGACAUCCCAGAGUAUAAAAAGAACAAACUCUCUCCACAGCAGAUACAAUCGACCAAGAAGGAGAACCAAUCCUCUCCUGAAAACAACCGUCAGAGACAACCUCAGCUGAUGAGGCCAAGCUAAAGGCUCCCUGCUCCAAACAAACUACUGAAGCUCGUCCACUCCUAGACUUCCUCUUGUCUUUCCUUCCUCUGCCUAUACCAGCUCACUCUCUCCAGACUCCUCCGCCAUGCCUCCUCAGCUUCCGUCCCAGAACCAGAAAGGUCCCAGGAUCCUGCAGGGCGACCCCGGCACCCUCAGCCCGGCCGUCAAGGAGUUUGUGGACGCCAACGUGAGCCUCUGCGAGCCCGAAUACCUCCACAUCUGUGACGGCUCCGACGAGGAGAACACGGCCAUCCUGACCGAGCUGGAGGAGCAGGGGAUGAUCAAGAAGCUCAACAAAUAUGAGAACUGCUGGUUGGCCCGGACCGACCCGAGGGACGUGGCUCGUGUGGAGAGUAAGACCGUGAUCGUGACCCCGGACCAGAGGGACACGGUGCCCACGCCGCUGGAGGGCGGAGUCAGCCAGCUGGGCCGCUGGAUGUCCCCGGAAGAGUUCGACAAAGCGAUGACUCAGCGGUUCCCCGGCUGCAUGAAAGGUCGCACCAUGUAUGUGAUUCCCUACAGCAUGGGUCCAGUAGGUUCCCCGCUCUCUAAAAUUGGAGUGGAGCUGACGGACUCUCCCUACGUGGUGGCCAGUAUGAGGGUGAUGACCCGUAUGGGGAAGGCCGUGCUGUCCGCUCUGGGGACGGGCGAGUUCGUCCGCUGCCUGCACUCCGUCGGCUGCCCGCUGCCGCUUAAAAAGCCCUUGGUGAACAACUGGCCCUGUAACCCCGAGCAGACGUUAGUCGCCCACAUCCCAGAUCGCAGGCAGAUCGUCUCAUUCGGUAGCGGCUACGGAGGAAACUCCCUGCUGGGGAAGAAGUGCUUCGCUUUGCGCAUUGCCUCGCGUAUCGCCAAGGAGGAGGGCUGGCUGGCAGAGCAUAUGCUGAUCUUGGGCGUCACCAACCCUGCCGGGGAGAAGAAGUACAUGGCGGCUGCCUUCCCCAGCGCCUGCGGGAAGACAAACCUGGCCAUGCUCUGCCCCACACUGCCCGGCUGGAAGGUCGAGUGUGUGGGAGACGACAUCGCCUGGAUGAAGUUUGACGACCAAGGCAACCUUCGUGCAAUCAACCCUGAGAAUGGCUUUUUCGGAGUCGCGCCUGGCACCUCUGCCAAAACUAACCCCAACGCCAUGGAGACCAUUGUCAAGAACACCAUCUUCACCAAUGUUGCAGAGACCAGCGACGGCGGUGUGUACUGGGAGGGCAUGGACCAGGCACUGCCCGAGGGAGUCACCAUCACUUCCUGGAAGAACAAGCCCUGGAGCAAAGAGGGUGGCGAACCCUGCGCUCACCCUAACUCUCGUUUCUGCACUCCGGCUGAGCAGUGUCCCAUCAUCGACCCACUGUGGGAAUCCCCAGAGGGAGUCCCCAUUGAGGCCAUCAUCUUUGGAGGGCGCAGGCCGGAAGGCGUCCCUUUGGUGUACGAGGCUUUCAGCUGGCAGCACGGAGUGUUCAUUGGAGCAGCAAUGAGGUCAGAGGCCACCGCUGCUGCUGAACACAAAGGCAAGAUGAUCAUGCACGACCCCUUCGCCAUGCGCCCCUUCUUCGGCUACAACUUCGGCCAGUACCUCUCUCACUGGCUGAGCAUGGCCGACUGCCCCGGCGCCAAGCUCCCCAAGAUCUUUCACGUCAACUGGUUCCGCAAGAGCCCGACCGCCGGAUUCCUCUGGCCCGGCUUCGGCGACAACAUCCGCGUGCUGGACUGGAUGUUCCGGCGGGUGACGGGCGAGGCCGUCGCCGUGCCCUCUGCCGUGGGCUACCUGCCCUGUCACGACUCCCUGAACCUCCAGGGCCUGCAGGAGGACGUGGACCUCAACGAGCUGUUCUCCCUGGAUCAGGAGUUCUGGCAGAGGGAGGUGGAGGAUGUGAGGAAGUACUUCACCACGCAGGUGAACGACGAUCUGCCCAAAGAGGUGGCCCAGGAGCUGGAGUUCCUGCAGCAGAGAGUGAAGAAGAUGUAAAGGGGGCUGGAAAAAAAAAAACAUGUUGGCAAAUCUGAAUUAGCUUGUUGGUGAUUCCAGUACAGCUUGUCUGUGAUUCAAAAAUGUAUUUUCAGCUAGAUCGAAAUAUUUAUACUUCUAGAACAGAAUGUGAGUAAUUCUAAAAUAUUCAUAUUCAUUGUCAUGCAGAUAACAACUUCAUGAAAGAGGAACAAUUCUCCUCUGAUCAUUUUUUUAAACUUGUUUUUAGAAAUCCCCCUGUUUUUGUCAGAUUAUUAAUCUGAAAACCCUUCUGUUAAAAUUGGGCUGGGGAUGUUCAGAUGAAUUAUGAACAUGUAGAAAGUGUAGAUUUAACAAACAUUCCUCGCUGUGCUCAUCGUAAAAAAUGAACAUGAGCCACAUAUCAAGUCAAGACUGCUGCUCCAUUCACAUGCUGUCGUAUCAGUGUUAUGUUUUUAACUGUUGCUCCAAUGUAUUGUCCUACUGAACGUCUGAAUUCUACGAAUUUAUUAUGAGCGCACAUCACACUGUCACUGCCGUACGGACUUGUAUGACACAGAAAGACUAAAUGAGUCCAGGUUAGGUCCAGUGUUGUCUGAGCCCCCUGAACACGGGGGAAAUGUUUCUGUUCCUGUCUUUACUGUAUGUCUUAAUUUAUUUUUAUACGCUGUCCGUAUCUCUUGGUUCUGUUUUGAUGGGAGAGAACAAUAAAUGUAUUUUCAUGGA